UUUCCUGUGUAGUGGAAGAGAUGCUUUGUGUGUAGUAUGUGCAACGAACAGAAUGGAUGUUAGCCGAAUGUAAUAUAACAAAGUUACAGGUAGAAGAUACUAUGUGUCCUUCAGCUUUAACGUAUUUCCUGCGUGGAUUUUAAUGUAACAGGUGACAGCAGAGCAGAUCUUCUGCGAGUCAAUAUGAUCCCUUCUACAACCCGCCUGUUACUGAGCUCUGCGAGGAAGCUCUGUGGGGCCGUGAAGAUGAGGUCUUUACACACCAAGAACACAGAGGAAGCGGCUGUGUACGUACAUUGGCCAUACUGUGAGAAACGCUGCACUUACUGCAACUUCAACAAGUACAUUCAACGUUCUGAUAAUGAGGAUGCCAUUCGAGCAUGUCUUUUAAAAGAAGCUUCUACAUUGAUACAACUCAGCCAGGUCAGAAGUAUUUCAUCUGUGUAUUUUGGAGGUGGUACACCCAACCUUGCCAGCCCUCAUACCAUUGGUGCCAUUUUAGAAGUGAUAUCCCAAAAUGCUUUGCUGCAACAAGAUGCUGAAGUUACUCUGGAGGUUAACCCUGCAUCCAUUCAAAACAGUAAACUGCACCUCUUCCGUGAAGUCGGGGUGAAUCGAGUGUCUAUUGGGGUACAGUCAUUUGAUGAUUCUGAACUCCUCUUUCUGGGAAGGACACACACAGCUUGUGAUGCCCUGCAUACUAUUGACGAGGCUUGCAGACUUUUCCCUGGAUCUACAUCAGUGGAUAUUAUGUUUGGACUCCCAGGUCAAAGCAUGGAAUCCUGGCAGAGAACUUUGAAAACCCUGCUUGCAGUUUGUGAUGAUCAUGUGUCUUUAUACCAACUGACUAUUGAGAGAGGCACUGCACUUUUUAAACAACUACAGAGUGAGCAUUUCUCUCCUCCAGAUGAAGAACUGACUGCCCACAUGUAUAACUUUGCCAGGAGGACUUUGUGUGAGGCUAGCUUCCAUCACUAUGAAGUGUCAAACUUUGCCCGGAAUGGGGCACUCAGCAGGCACAAUCUGUCCUACUGGCUUGGAAAGCAGUAUAUUGGAAUAGGGCCAGGAGCACAUGGUAGAUUUGUGGCACGAGCAACUGGAGGGACACAAAGAGAAGCUCGUAUACAGACUCUAGAACCUGAUCCAUGGAUGAGAGAGGUCAUUCAACAUGGGCAUGGAACACGGAAAGUCGUUGAGCAGAAUGAUCUGGAGAUCUUAUCAGAGAUGCUGGUCUUUGGACUACGAACAGACACUGGGAUUACUCAUGAGGCCUGGCAACAACUCUCUCCGUCCAUCAGCUUGAAGCAUCUUUUUGAUGCAUCACAUAAAUUAAAGAUGCUUCAGAAGCUGGAGCUGGUAUUACUGGAUGAAAGUGGCCUGCGAUGCUCCUGGAAGGGGCUUGCUGUUUUGGACAGUCUUCUAGUGCCCCUCCUUUCCCAACUGCAGUACGCCUGGAAUCAGAUGGAAAAAGAGCGGUCACCUAAGGACACCACAUAAUAAACAAUUAUUGUACCAGCCAACAAAGCUCCUGGUUUUGUUUAAUGUAAAAAAAAAAAAAAAAAAUUAUGGUUAAAUUGCUAUAACCCGGACGACGUGUCAAGAGACACCUGUUGCCUUUGCAAAAACAACCAUAGGCGGAUCGCUAAGUGUAACAGCACCCCCUAGUGGCGAUUUCUCAUAUUGUUAACAUGAGGCGUGGCGACUGUUGCCAUGGACACGUAAACUACGGAUGAACAUGGCGAACAAACAGGCAAAGAAAGAGUCUCGAAGCAGAACCCCAACGG